AUGGCGACUUUGGCUCCAAAACCGAGUUUAGGUACUACUUUAAGACCUCGUGCUAGUACAAUUGGAAAUAUUCAAGUUCCACCUCAGAUUCAGAUAGCUGCGGCCCUGGUAUCUCCAGGAAACGUAGGCGCAUCCCCAGGUGAACAUACGAGGCUUCCAAAAGAAAAAGAUCAAAGACGACUGCCUCAACCAUAUCCACAUCUACAAUUAUUAUCAGAACAAGAUAAUGAACAUGAACAUGAGAUCCCACAAUUUUCUGUUGUGGUUGAUGGUGAAGACAGGCGUGCAUCAAGACCAUCAUCAUCCAAUAUUGGAGUAGUCGAUAUAGUUG